AUGGCCGGUGUUGAUCCAAUGGCCUCGGACGCCUCCAGUAAAAUGUGUCAAGUCUUGAAUUCCGUUCUCCUCUGUGCUGGCAACGAUAUUGAGAAGCAAUGUGGUUAUGGAGCACUUCUUCACGUCUAUGAACAGCACACCCAAUGGGCGCAAGCAUACAACAGGAGUUGUGUCAUUCAAUCACCGGAGCCCAGGUCGGUACCAACCAACACUCUGGAUCAGUCUAAAGAUGUGGAACCACAGCAUGUGGUUCGAGACGAAAUGCCGCCGCCGUCUAUUCAAGUUCAGAAGGACACCACACCUAUUGUGAUCAACAAUGAAGACGUUACCGCUACACCGGUCAUGACCACGAUGGAAUCCACGGAGAACACGCCAUCAGAAUCAGUGACUGACCAUCCAAAGGACAUCACCACCACUACCGUCAAAGCUUCGACAACGCUCAGACUCACUGCGUUACUGGUAUUCAUCAUCACUUUGCGAAUGUUCUAG